AUGUCGUCCCCUCAACCUAUCUUACAAAGAAAAGAUUUAAUUAGAGAUUCUGCCUAUAUCAAUGGACUGUGGGUCAAAGAAUCUGAACAACAUUUUGAUGUUACUGAUCCAGCUACGAACCAGGUAAUUGCACAAUUACCAGAUCAAUCUGUAUCUGCUGUCAAUGAUGCCAUUGAUGCUGCAUAUGAAGCAUUCCAUACUUACAAAAACACUACACCUAGACAAAGAGCUAUUUGGUUGAGAAACUUUUACAAUUUGAUGUUAGAAAAUAUUAAUGACUUGGGACAGAUAUUGACUUGGGAAAAUGGUAAAGCCCUGGCAGAUUCUGUAGGUGAAAUAAGGUAUGCAGCAUCAUACUUCGAAUGGUACGCGGAGGAAGCUCCUAGAGUUUAUGGUACAGUAAUUCAACCUGGUAAUGCUGGAAAUAGGGCUUUCACUAUAAAACAACCUAUCGGUGUUUGUGGGUUGAUAUGUCCAUGGAAUUUCCCCAGCGCUAUGAUUACCAGGAAGGCGGCUGCAGCCUUGGCUGCAGGUUGUACAGUAGUGAUAAAACCAGAUGCUCAAACCCCCCUUUCCGCUCUUGCAUUAGCGGCUCUAGCAGAGGAAGCUGGUUUCCCUAAGGGAGCAUUUAACGUGGUUUUGGCUGAUAAGAAUACACCACAAGUUGGGGUUACAUUAUGCGAAUCUCCUAAAGUUAAAAAGGUCUCCUUUACGGGAUCUACAAGAGUAGGUAAAUUGUUGAUGAAACAGGCUUCCACUACUAUGAAGAAAUUAUCCUUUGAAUUGGGCGGUAAUGCUCCAUUCAUCGUUUUUGAAAAUGCCGAUUUAGAUCACGCUGUAGAUCAAGCAAUUGCAUCGAAAUUUAGAGGAUUGGGUCAGACUUGUGUAUGUGCCAACAGGUUAUAUGUGCAAGAGAGUGUCGUUGAUAAAUUUGCGGAAUUGAUGGCGGCAAAAGUUCGUCAGUUCGUCCUUGGACAUGGUCUUCAUAGUGAUACUACUCAUGGAUGUAUGAUCAAUGGACAAGCUAUAGAAAAGGUGGAAGAACAUAAAAAAGAUGCUAUUGAGAAGGGUGCUAAAAUUGUUUUAGAAGGUGGUCCACUAAAAGAAUUAGGUCCACACUUUUACAAUCCAGCAAUUGUAUCUCAUGUUCCUCAAUCUGCUAAGGUUUCUAAAGAAGAAACUUUCGGACCUUUAUGCCCAAUCUUUACCUUCAAAACCACCGAAGAAGUGGUCAAAUAUGCCAAUGAUACGGACGUCGGUUUAGCAUCUUACGUUUUUUCCAGAGAUAUCAAUACUAUUUACACUGUCUCAGAGGCCCUAGAAGUUGGUAUGGUUUCUUGCAACACUGGGCUUUUCUCAGACGCUACGAUCCCAUUUGGUGGUGUUAAAGAAUCUGGUUUUGGCAGAGAAGGUUCUCUGUAUGGACUUGAUGAUUACACUGUGGUCAAGGUUGUCACCAUUGGUGGCUUACCUAAUAAGAUCUAG